AUGGGAACCACAAUAAGGAUGAAUGUUCCUUAUGUGAGCAGUUUUUCAAAAUACCUCAUCAUACUCCUUAGUUACCUCUUUUUUAUUCGUGCAGAAAUAGAACCUCAAGCAGUCCAGGAGAUAAUGCCAACAAUGUCUCUACCCAAUACAACACCUAGUAAUAGCAUCAAUGCAGAAAAUGUAGGAUUUCUGCAUGCUUUUGUAGCAAGUCUCAGUGUUAUUCUUGUAUCAGAAGUAGGAGACAAGACUUUCUUCAUAGCAGCUAUAAUGGCAAUGAGACAUCCCCGACUAACAGUCUUUGGUGGAGCAAUAGCAGCUUUAGUUCUCAUGACAAUUCUAUCAGCUGUAUUUGGUUGGCUAGUAAAUGUGAUACCAAGAACUUACACUUAUUACAUAAGUACUGCCCUGUUUGCAAUAUUUGGGUUGAAAAUGUUGUGGGAAGGCUUCCACAUGAGCAAAACUGAUGGGAGAGAAGAGCUGGAAGAAGUCCAGAUGGAACUCAGACAAAGAGAUGAAGAGCAUGAAAGAGAAAGAGAAACAGUAGUGGAUCUGGAGAGUGGCAGCAACAAAAGGAGAUCUGUGUGGUAUGAAGUAUUCAGGAUAUUUUUGCAGGCCUUCACAUUGACGUUUUUGGCAGAAUGGGGUGACAGAUCUCAGCUGACAACUAUUCUUUUGGGUGCCCGAGAGAAUGUUUAUGGUGUGAUAAUUGGAGGUGUGCUGGGACAUUCGGUAUGUACAGGGAUUGCAGUGUUGGGUGGUAGAAUGCUGGCUCAAAAAAUAUCAGUCAGGACAGUUACCAUCAUCGGCGGUGUGGUGUUCCUAAUUUUCGCAUUCUCGGCGCUUUUCUUUGAUCCGAAUUCGACAUAG